AUGCGUCGUACGGCAGAUGUGCAGGUGGCGGCUUCCAGGGAGGAUCGGCUGCAGCGGGCACUGCAGGAGAACCGUCAGUUGAAGCACGAGGUGCAGGAUUUGCGGGAGAAGCUUAAGAUUGUCCAGGUGAAAUUUUACAGAUUGACGCGCGAUUUGAAGCGUGUGCCGCCGGAGAUGCUGCAGCCGCUGGACGACACCACGCUGCCAAAAGUUCGCCCCACUUCUUUUGGCGACAUCCAUCCGAACUCUCAUUGCCUGCUGGGGGCCACAAGCUCCACGAGGCGGGGACCUCCAACGUCACUGCCGCGUGUGGAGGGCCCGAGCACCGAACACACGAGUGCUGAGGCGGAGUCGAAGGAGCUUCAGCGCUGCCGCGAAGCGCUGCAGCAGGCGCGGCUCGAAAUUGCGUCGCUGCGUGCGGGUGCGCCACAAACCACGGAGGGAGCAGCUGCCGCCACAGCUCUGUCCUUCUCGCCAUCGCCGGCAGUCAGUCUUGUCUUGGAGCAGCUGCAGCAGGACCUCGCGCGGGCCGUGGCUGAGCGAGACCAGAUGAGUGCAGAGUGUGACGGCCUUCGCGAGCAGUUGUCCCGCACUCGCGCGGAGUUUGAAACUGCGCACUUUUUGCAGCAGCAACACCGCUCCUUUGAGAGGCACUCCUUCGACGUUCUCAACGAGAGGGCUGAGACAGCUGAAGGAGCGCGACAGCAGUUGGACUCGGAGUAUCAAAAACUUAUUGAUGCGCUCACGCGCGAAAAGGAUUCAUUGGCACUGAAGCUGCGUCUUGCACAGCAAGAGAACGCGGAGCGCUCGAAGGAGCUUGCCGCAGUGGACCCCACAGUUCUUAUUCAGUUGCAGAACGAGGUACACGACAAGUCGAAGCAGAUUCCGGUGCUGACGAGUCGGAUACAACGGGCCCAGCAACAGGCUGAGACACUCAAAGGGGAGUGUUCCCGCCUUGUAGAGGAGCUGAAGCGUAUUCAUGCCAUGCAUGCGGAUACAAAACGACAGUUGUUUGAGGCUGAACAUGAGAAAAGUCUACUACAAGUCCGCUGCACACGGAUGGAGGAGCUGGAGGCGACGGUGCAGCGCAAGAGCGAGGAGCUGAUUCACGUGGAGCAAGAGCUGCUUCGGACGGCAGGAACACUGCAGACGUGUAACCGAGAGACGGAGGAGGCGGUGCGGCGGGAACUAUCCUCUCGUAUAGCGGACCUGCAAGAGAUGCGGGACAGUGCCGAAUUGAGGCGGCGUGAGAAGGAGUCGCAGCUGCUCGACGCGCAGCAUCAGCUUGCCGAGAUGAAACGACAGUUGGAGGUGGUCCACGGGGACGCCGCCAUGUAUCGCGAGCAGCUGAAGAAGGCAGAGAUGGAGAUCUCCGAGUUGACAGCGCGGGCCACGCUGAUGGGUCACGCGACAGAGGAGUUGGGCGAUGAACACGUACAACGCGCCCUCACAGUGGCGGCGAUACGCAAGACGUCCUCGAGGCGUUCCGGUGCCGUCGGCGAGGCGGAAGAGGCACUCGACAUGUGGGAUGCGUUAAAGUGGGAUGACGACUGGGAGGCCGAUCAGCUGCGCGAGGCGUUGGCGAGUGCGGCUCUUGACAUGGAACUUGCGAACACACGCUGCUCUCAGAUGAGUACGCAAGUGGAGCAGAGUCGCUCGCUUCUGCAGCAGCUUUCACAGGAGCGGGAUGUGCUUCUGGAGGAGAACAUAGAAAUGCGCCGUCGGCUCUCGCAUGUUCAGACCGUCUUUGCGAAGCAGCAGCUUGAGGUGUAUCGCGCUGCAAAGGAACGCGGGGCGGAUUCCAUGGAUGCACGAACUGGCCUCAUUUCGUUCCACAUACAAGGCGUGGAGUGUGAUGCGGGCCUCCUGCGUUCUCUCGGCAUUGGCAAGGCUGCUGGAGCCGCUGUAACUCUUUUUUUUACCAUGGAUGGACUGCAGUCCUACGAUACGAUGCUGUCACCAACCUUUUACGCCUUGGACGAGCUGCUUGAUAUUUGGUUCCGCUACGAUCACCUCGAUAGAGACGAGGUGACGAUUGCCGAUAUUCGCAACACAACAUUUCUUUUCCAGCUUCACCAGGUGAAAGGGGCAACGAACGUGAUUGUCGCCAUGGGGGAAAUUCCCGGAGUGGCGUUGUUGUCGUGUCGCGAGCUGACCGUCUCCGAGAGAGUUCCGAUGGUGAACGGCAAUGGGGAGCCGGCAGGCGCCGUCACAGUUGAGAUGUGUGCGUCCAACCUGAUGCUGCCUGUUCUGCUUGACCGGCAGCUCAGCAGCACCCUCUUUACGGCAGAGGCGUUGCGGGCGACACUGGUGAGACUGCGAGGUGUGGUGGCCCUGAGGGUGCAGGUGUUCCGUGCAGAUGGUCUACUGGGCACGCCUGUACCUCAACCAUACGUAUUUUACACCACAUCUGCGCCAGCUGGGCUGAGCUGCGUGCGAGACACGGUGGUGCGCCCCUCCUCAAAGUCCUUCACAACCGACCCGGUGUUUGACGCCGACCCCGUUGACCACCGGUUAGUGAUGGACCGGGAGCUGGUGGAGUUUAUGGUGGUAGGCGCCGUUGUCUUUAUUGUCUUUGACGAGCAGGCGAAGGAUGUGCAGGCAAACCUCGGGGUGGUGGAGGUGCCGCUGCGGUCACUGCUGGAGUCCCCGCAGACGGUGGUGCGCACGACGGAGGUUUUACACCCACAGGGCACACUUAGCGUUGGUCUCUCCUGGGUCUGUAGGACGUAG